AAAUACUGAGAUAUCGCUAAAUGACACCAUACCAACACUUUUAACUCAAUAGACACUCUUAAUUCUCUGAAAAAAAGUUGUUCUGCUCAAUUUUUAUUUCAAUGAUGAAUAUAGGAGCACAACAUCCGUUAGCUUUUCAUCAAGGAUUUUGGUCAUUUCCAGGAUGUGGAGUACAUCCUGCGUUUCUUCAAAGUCAGUAUUCAAAUCUUCAUGCACAUCAUACUGGGAGUUUCGGCAGCAAAUCUAGUGCUUUUACCAUUGACGCUAUACUAAACAGGGAUCACGUUGAAGAUAAACAAUGUCCGCCUUCAAAAACAUCCGAAGUUUACACAUCUAGUCAUGGGAAAUAUAAAGAUUCAGAUGAGGUUCAAAGAAGACAACAGCGUCUUUUUGAAGCAUCGCAUCCUUACCUCUCACCCAAAGAUAAAGUCACUCCUAUCAAGAAAGUCACAGAGUUUUACGACCGACCAGAUAAAGAACUGAAAGGUGACUGGAAACAAGGGAAAGGAAAACGAGUGAGGACCAUCUUUACUCCAGAACAACUCGAGAAACUAGAGGCUGAAUUUGAGAAGCAACAGUACAUGGUCGGCACUGAAAGAUACUAUCUAGCCUGUUCUUUGAACCUAACAGAAGCCCAGGUGAAAGUUUGGUUUCAAAAUCGACGUAUAAAAUGGAGGAAACAAAAUUAUGAACAACAGCAGGUUAAACUUUCCCAACUGACAAUGUACAAGGAUGACGACGCAGAUUCAGAUAGUGGACACAGUGAAAACGGACAGACAUUCCAUAAUUUGACGUCGGACAUGACACCUCGGUCUGUAUCGCCAUACUAAUGAAGAAUGUGAUAUUUAGAUGCGUAUAUUUAUCUUCAAUAAUGGUAGUAGCAUAACUACCCUGUAUACUGUAAAAUGAUAUUAUGAGACCAGAACCGGCCGAGAAUAUCAGCUGAGUGUGUUUGGUAACCUGACGUUAACUGUGAUCGUUAUUCAAGAUUUGUUUACUGUGUAAAUCUUUUAACUGUAAAUUAAACCUUAAUAGUGCUAUAAAAUAUGUAAUGACAGAAUGAAUGAGACUGAAAGAUUAUUUAAAACUUAGAUUUAUAAUUGUUGUUGAAAUAAUAAAUUAAAAUGAUUUUGAACAU